CUCCGUACAAGACUCGGUACUCAGUGUUGGAAUACACAUCCUUGGCUUCACGCCCUUGAGCUUUUGUCCCUAAACAGCUCAUCUUUUUCCCUUACGCCAUACAUUGGAAACCCCAAUUUUCACUCAAGUACCACAUAACGUUUGGGUAUUACAUAACGUUCAUAUGAAAAGAAACAACCUAACUCGAAAAGGAGAUUGACAACUCACAUCAAAUAAGCCGACAAGUGGAACGAUGGAUCUCUCCCCUGGGAACUUAUACAUCGCUUUGAGCGCACGAAAUAUUGAAGGCUCAUACGUCAGUUUUCCAUUCGAGCAGACAUCUUCUCUUCCCAAAAAUACUAAAACUUACAAGCACUGGGGACUGAUCCAACCGACAUCUCGCCCAUCAACGUCUGGCAUUUAUCACCAUGCAACCAUUUCGUCUGCCACAAAUGGAAAAUGGCUGGCCCAAACCAUAGCCCAACCACUUCCCAUGACCGAACGAGCGUUGAUUCUGAUUUGGCGUGUUGGACCAAUUUCCGCCACCCAAGAAAGAUUUGAGGAGAUUAUGGCUAGCAUUCCCGCAGAUGGAGAACCCUCAGCAAGAACGGGAAAGGACUUCAACUGCCGAACUUGGAUGUUUGACGUUUUGGCCAAACUUGAGGUGGAGGGAGGCCUCAAGUUGGGCGUUGAAAUCGGUAUAUAUUCCCUAAAGUAUAUAUAAUCGGAGAACUAAUUGGAUAUAGAUGAGAUAGAGAAAAAGGCAAUUGAACAUGCGCAUAGCGUCGAGAAUGAUGUGGUUGCCGGGAAAAGAGGUCCACUGGUCAUGAACGAUGAUAUCCGAGCGUAA